UGUGUGUGCUUGCUGCGCGAAUUUGCCGUAGUCGAGCCUUCGAUCCCGCCUGUCUGUUGUGGGCCGUGUGUUGUGUUGGGCCCGUGUGCGGCUUUGAUGGAACGGCCCGACGGACGCACGCGUAUUGUUGUGAUGAAGCGCGAGUGAUCAUCGCGGAAGCACACAUCCAUUACGGCAUACGGCUCUCGUCGCGCGAUUCCUCUGCCCUGAGAUGAUACGGUCCGCUUCGCACCGAGACUCGGCCGAUUCGUGUCGCCGCGUCCCGCUCGUUCGCCUGCCGAAACAUCAUCUCUUGGCUUAACCUACAAAGGAUCUGGCGCGCGGAAUCUCGCAUUCGCUCGUUUCUUCUUGUCCCGCAGUCACGUCGGCAAACUGCACAGUUACGCAGAAGUUAUAGGGCAACUUCAGCAUUCACAAUGGCGGGAGAGCAGCAGCAGUUUUUUCUCAAAUGGAACGACUUCCAGUCGAAUAUGGUAUCAUCGUUCAAACACUUGCGAGAUGAGAAAAGCUUCACGGAUGUGACAUUGGCUUGUGACGGUCAAACUUGUAAAGCACAUAAAAUGGUCUUGUCUGCUUGUAGUCCUUACUUCAAAUCCUUAUUAGAGGAAAAUCCGUCCAAACAUCCAAUUAUAAUACUAAAGGAUGUUGCGUAUAGUCAUCUGCAAGCUAUUCUAGAAUUUAUGUAUGCAGGUGAGGUAAAUGUUUCGCAAGAUCAACUUCCAGCGUUUCUCAAAACGGCAGACCGGCUUAAAGUUAAAGGAUUAGCUGAAGCUCCGGGUGCCAUUAAGAGAGAAGGUUAAACAUUCGCACGUAAUUACGGUCUUUGAAAAGCGUGUGGACUGAAACAACAGUGUAAUAAUGUAAAGUGAUUGCAUAAAACACAUACCACAUGAGACAUAUACAUACACGACACGUAUACAACGCGCACACACAUACACACACAUACAAUAUAGAUAUAUGUAAAGAAAAAGAAAACACUGCGUAUGCACGACUCAGUGUCCUCUGGUUCAUGACUUGGAUCAACACAUGAUGACAAUGUAAAAUAAUGCCUUUUUCUUAAUCUCAGUUAAUGUUAUCGGUUUUACCGAUGUAUGUACGCAUACGAAGUAGAGAUGAGAUGUUGAUGUUUGUCUUGAACCCAUUACGCCACAUUGUGGCUGUAAACGAUAACAACAUUGAUUAUUUUUUUAAAACGAAGCGCGAAUAAGUGGGUCGCGAUAGUUUACAAUACAUGCUGACCGGGGCAGUUUUGGUGGAUCAAGUUGGAAACGUUGAAGGCAUCUGUUACAACGGCCGUUUCUUCAAGCCGAUCUACCGGACUCACAAUACACUCUCCUAUCGGUUCCAUUGGUAGAUCUAUUCACGCAGUAGCGUUGUCUCGUUUAUUUACUUUUGUUGCAUAUUGACAAUUAACAUGAAAUUCACGUGAACUUGGAUUAAAUUUCGCUAUGAAUAUGAAAUAUGAAUACGAGAGUCUCUCAUAUUUCUUUAAUGGAUACCUACACGUGCUGCUUGAAAUCGAUUGUUUCUCCAUCCGAUCAUCCGGGGCGACAAGAUCCGGGGGGAUUAAAUCAUUAGUCUUACAGGGCAUUAAUUAUCUCCUGUAGUAGGCUAUGUGUAAAUGUUAGUUGAAGAAGAAAGUACGCGCGGGCCGAGUAUCAAGUCCAAUCGGAGAGUUUCGCUUCUGUCGUGGAUAGAUUUGCAAAACCCCCGGUAAAUCAUUCAGAGGACGUCAAAUCAAGUUUACUGGAAGUAGUAACGUGCGUAUCACACGUUGAACACACAUCGGUUCUCUUUCGUCAACUUCACGAAGCGCGCCAAUUGCGAUGAUUUUUCCGUACAACACCACGGAAAAGGAAAGAUACGAGAAACAGAAGGAAUUGUUCUUGUAAUACCGCAAUCGAUCCCGUACAAGUUACCUCUUCUAGUGAUCAUGAUUUUUUACUUAACCAAAUACUGCCAGUAUUUGUACCGGCGUAUUCACAAUAUUACCGAUAGACCAAAUUUAUUUAUGAUAAUAAUAUAUUAAGGAUUGAAUGUCUUAAAUCGAGGGAAGGUUAUUGUAAUAUAAGCGAUGCAAAUUUUUGUAAAGUCGGAGCGCACAGUUCCUUUUCCCUCCCGAAGAACCAGGACGCUCGAACAAGAAAAAAAUUUAGGAAGGAAGUCAGGAAACAUUAUCGAGUCAAGGACUCUUAUAAGAACGAUUUGUUUAUAGAGAUUAUUUCCUACUCGUGCGUUUUUAAUCAAGCAGGCUAAUAUCGUUCGGACUUUAUCGUUUGGUAUAUAUGCUGGAAAAUUUUCUGCGAAGUCGUUUUCUUUCCAAGCGUUGUACAAGUUCCAGUCCUUAUCACGAAAAUUAAGUCCACGCUCCAUAAUUCCUGACUUUGCUAUUGCUGCUGCUGCUGCUUGUAAUUACUUUCUUGUUACGUAUCUUCAGUUAUAUAUCGAAUAUAUAUUUUUAGCGUUUUUUUUUUUUUUUUUUCUGCAAGUUAAUCAUGUCCUUAUGCUUGAUACGGUUUAUGAGUUCGUUCCAUCAUGUUUCCAACUUCGUACGUCGAAUUAGCACGAGUAAGCUCCUACAACACUGAAUGCCGAUUUAGGGUCGUACACACAUUCAAGCAUCUCGAACGUCAGUCAUAUCCCGCAAAAAAAUGUUGUGAAUCGUAGCGCAUCGUUUCCUACCGAUUUUGCUUCGGAUGUCUCUGUGAUGAUUCUAAUAUACAUGAGACCGUCUUAAUGUAGCAGCUUACGACUUGUUAGAAUGGU